CGGCCCCGCCCCACCCCGAGCUCCCCCGCGCGCGCGCCGCGGCCCGAGCGGAGAAACGCGGCGCGACCCGCGGCGGCUGCGGCAGCGCGAUGACGGCGCGGCGGGAGGCGGCGGGGGCUGCCGGCGGCUGCUGUUGCUGCUUCAGCAGCACCAACACCACCACCACCGGCUCCCCCUUCCCUCGCGGCGCCGGCAGCUGUGCGGCGGCUGCUGUCCGGCGGGGCGCGGCGCUGCGCUUCGCCUUGCUGGUGCUGCUCUCUUUCUACACGGCUCGGGCCGAGAAGGAAGCUUUCAUCCAGUCAGAUGGAAUAAUAGAAAUGCUACGUUUUGAUGAAGGAGACCUAUUGCAGACAGAGACAACUAUAGGCCUCAGUUCAUAUCAGCAGAAAAGUGUAUCCCUGUAUCGGGGAAAUUGCCGACCUCUCCGGUUUGAGCCACCAAUGCUGGAUUUCCAUGAACAGCCAGUUGGAAUGCCAAAAAUGGAAAAAGUUUACCUGCAUAACCCUAGCUCAGAAGAAACAAUUACAUUAGUAUCAAUAUCUGCUACAACGUCACAUUUUCAUGCAUCAUUUUUUCAAAAUAGGAAAAUUCUUCCAGGAGGGAAUACGUCCUUUGAUGUAGUUUUCCUCGCAAGAGUAGUGGGAAAUGUAGAGAACACUUUAUUUAUUAACACAUCUAAUCAUGGGGUAUUUACUUAUCAGGUGUUUGGCAUUGGAGUACCGAACCCCUAUCGUCUGCGCCCAUUUAUUGGGGCACGAGUUCCUGUAAAUAGCAGUUUUUCUCCUAUAAUAAAUAUACAUAACCCUCACAGUGAACCUUUGCAGGUGGUAGAAAUGUAUUCCAGUGGAGGUGAUCUUCACUUAGAGCUUCCAACAGGUCAGCAAGGAGGUACAAGGAAGCUAUGGGAAAUACCGCCCUAUGAAACAAAAGGAGUGAUGAGAGCCAGCUUUUCUUCAAGAGAAGCGGAUAAUCAUACAGCCUUCAUUAGAAUAAAAACAAAUGCCUCGGACAGCACAGAAUUUAUCAUUCUCCCUGUUGAAGUAGAAGUUACAACAGCACCAGGAAUAUAUUCAUCAACAGAAAUGCUAGAUUUUGGUACACUACGGACACAAGAUCUGCCAAAAAUUUUAAAUCUACAUUUAUUAAAUUCAGGAACAAAAGAUGUGCCAAUUACAAGUGUUAGACCUACACCACAGAAUGAAGCUAUAACAGUACAUUUCAAGCCAGUUACAUUAAAAGCGUCUGAAAGUAAAUAUACCAAAGUUGCAAGUAUUAGCUUUGAUGCAUCAAAAGCAAAAAAAGCAUCACAGUCUUCUGGGAAAAUAACUGUCAAAGCGAAAGAGAAGAGCUACUCCAAACUUGAAAUACCGUAUCAAGCGGAAGUGUUGGAUGGAUAUUUAGGAUUUGAUCAUGCUGCCACGCUUUUUCACAUCCGUGACAGUGCUGCUGAUUCUGUGGAAAGACCAAUCUAUCUAACAAACACAUUCAGUUUUGCAGUCCUCAUACAUGAUGUUGUGUUACCAGAAGAAGCAAAACCAAUGUUUAAAGUCCAGAACUUCAGUAAACCAGUCUUAAUUCCGCCUAAUGAAUCCAGAUAUAUUUUUACACUUCAUUUUAUGCCUUCCACAUCAUCUGUUCAUAUAGAUAACAAUAUUUUACUUAUCACCAAUGCUUCUAAAUUUCACCUACCUGUCCGAGCAUACACAGGAUUUCUAGAUUACUUUGUACUGCCUCCAAAAACUGAGGAACGAUUUAUAGAUUUUGGCAUAUUGAGUGCAACAGAAGCUGCCAGCAUUUUAUUUGUGGUCAUCAACAGCAAUCCGAUAGAGCUGGCUGUAAGAAGUUGGCAUAUUAUAGGAGAUGGUUUGUCCAUAGAACUUUUAACAACCGAAAAGGGAAACAGAACGACGAUAAUUGCAAACCACCAUGAACUACAAAAUGCUAGUGCAUCCGAUCAGUCUUCAGUGAUACUAGCAUCAGGUUAUUAUGCUGUGUUUAGAGUGAAACUAAUAGCAAAGGAACUUGAAGGAAUUCACGAUGGAGCUGUACAAAUCACGACAGAUUAUGAGAUUUUAACUAUACCAGUGAAGGCAGUGAUUGCUGUAGGCUCGCUCACCUGCUCCCCAAAACACAUUUUUCUUCCACCCUCUUUUCCGGGGAAAGUAGUUCACCAGAGCCUGAAUAUCAUGAACUCCUUUUCUCAGAAAGUGAAACUACAACACAUCCGUUCCCUGUCAGAAGAUGUGAGGUUUUAUUAUAAGAGGCUAAGAAGUAAUAAAGAUGAUUUAGAGCCAGGGAAAAAAUCAAAGAUUGCAAAUAUUUAUUUUGAUCCCAGUUUAGAAUGUGGAGAUCAUUGUUAUGUAGGAUUGCCUUUCGUAUCUAAAUCGGAAUCUAAAGUUCAGCACAGCAUAGCAAUGCAAGAAGAUACAUGGGAUUCUGACUGGGAUUUGCAUGAGAACUUAUUCAAGGAAUGGACAGAUAUAAAAGAAAGCUCAAGCCAUAGACUGAAUGCUUUUUUUGAAGUAGACACAGAUCUUCAGAAGGAUGUCCGGUUGAAAGUUACAGCAGAAAUGACCUGGCCUUCCAUCCUUAGUUCACCACGCCACCUAGGCUUUCCUCUUACCAAUACGAACAGUUCAUCAGAAGAAGAAAUUUUUUUAGAAAAUCCAGCUGAUGUUCCUGUGUACGUUCAGUUCCUUCCUGUAGCCCUGUAUUCUAACCCAUCUACAUUUGUUGAUAAACUGUUAGAACGGUUUAAUUUGAGUAAGCCAGCUAAUUUCAAUCUGAGGACUCUAGAGUUCCAAGUCUUCAGAAAUUGCGUCCAACCACUGCAGAGCACUAUGGGAUUUACAAAGGGCCUGGCUCGUCAUUCAGUUUUAAGCCUAAUAUUAAAACCUGGUGAGAGAAAGUCUGUCAAAGUAAAGUUCACUCCAGUUCUUAAUAAAACUGUUUCUUCAUUAAUUGUUAUCAGAAAUAAUUUGACUGUAAUAGAUGCCAUAAUGGUACAAGGACAGGGAACAACUGAGAGUCUGAAGGUUGCAGGCAAACCUCCUGGUCCAGGAAGUUCUUUACGCUUUAAAAUCACAGAAGCAUUAUUAAAAGACUGCUCAGAAAAGAUGAAAUACAAAGAACCAAAUUUCACACUGAGAAGAACAUUUAAAGUGGAAAAUACAGGACAGCUGCAGAUUAAUGUGAAAACCAUGGAAAUCAGUGGCUAUACAUGUGAAGGAUAUGGAUUCAAAGUAGUUAACUGUCAUGAGUUUGCACUAAGUGCCAAUGCCUCUAAAGACAUUGUCAUAUUGUUUACACCCGAUUUCACUGCUUCCAGGGUCAUACGCGAGUUAAAAUUCAUCACCAUAGGAGGCUCUGAAUUCCUGUUUGUCUUGAAUGCGUCCCUUCCAUAUCACAUGUUAGCAACAUGUGCAGAAGCGCUACCUAGGCCCAACUGGGAAUUGGCGCUGUACAUAAUCAUCUCAGGAAUAAUGAGUGUACUCUUUCUCUUGGUAAUUGGAACAGCCUAUCUAGAAGCUCAAGGAAUAUGGGAGCCAUUUAGGAGACGCUUGUCCUUUGAGGCCUCAAACCCUCCCUUUGAUAUGGGAAGGCCACUCGAUCUCAGGAGAAUAGUUGGAAUUUCAUCUGACGGAAACUUGAAUGCACUUGGAUCAGAUUCUAAUCACAAUUCAUCCAGAGGGAUCUAUGGAGCCAGCAGUUCUUCACGAUCCAGUGCAGGGAAUCAUAAACAAUACAAUGCAACAGCACACCUUCACAGCAAUAGAAAUGCACCUGAUGUUGAAAACAUCAAAUCCAAAAGCAGUUCAAGCAUACCUAAUAGGACUUCAGCACAAGCAGCUUCUGUGCAGUCAGUGAACAGAGCGGGCCCUUUUACCUUGGAUUCAGGUGCCACAGCUCAGACUCAUGCUGCAGGCAAAAGAGCCAAGGGGACAAGGCAGAACCAGCAGCUGACACAGCAGCCAGCACCAGCUUUGACAGAGCAGCCCCUCCAGCAACCUCCAGCAUCUGGGCCUCAGCAGCAAGAGCAACAGACUGAAAGCGCUUUGCCACAGCUACCACUUCCCAGCCCGCCACAUGCUGAAUGUGAGGGCAGCAGAAGGCACAGCUCAGAGGAUUCAGAUCUCACUGGGCUUAUAGAAACUAUGGAAAAAGACUUUGACCAUCCAGAAUCCCCUUCCCCAGAUGUGUUUACAGAGCAGCCCCCAUCUCCACUAGCAAAAAACAAAGGGAAAGGGAAAACACUUCAGCGCAAGGCAAAGCCACAGAAGAAACGGGAAGAAAAGGACAGAAGAGGGAAAGGAAAGCAACAGGAGGAUGAACUGAAGGAUUCCUUGGCAGACGAUGACAGUUCUUCAACCACAACAGAAACCUCCAACCCAGAUACAGAACCACUUCUCAAAGAGGAACCUGAAAAACAAAAGGGAAAAGUUAUACCAGAAAAACCUGAAAAUGAAAUAGUUCCGGUAAAACAGAAAACUAAAAAACUGCUAGCAAGUAUCAAGAAAGAAAACCCUGUAGACGUGAAAACCAGUUCCUUGGAAUUGCCUUAUACUCCUCCACUGGAAAUCAAGCAGCGCAAAACCUUUCCAUCCAAGAUGUCUACACAGCACCUUCUGACAAAUGGGUCUAAAUCAAGAAACAUCCCCAAAACAAGAGGUCCAAACAGUAAGUUAACAGACAGCAGGCCAUCAGUAUUAGCCAAAUUUCUCCCCAGUAGUUCUGGACAGGAGCUAGGAAACACCAGCAGCUCAGAAGGCGAAAAGGAUUCUCCACCACCGGAGUGGGACUCUGUACCUCUUCACAAAGCUGGCAGCUCUACGGACAACCUUUAUAAACUCUCUCUGCAAACCCUGAAUGCAGAUGCUUUCCUGAAACAACGACAGCCCUCGCCGACACCUGCCUCUCCAUCUCCUCCUCCUCCUCCUGCAUCUUUAGCUUUUGGGCCCCGAGGAGGCACUUACAGCAGCAUUGUGAACAGCAGCUGCAGCAAUGAAACAAAAAGCAAGCAGCCUAAUGGUACCAAACAUAAGCUGGCAAAGGCAGCUUCUCUUCCAGGCAGGAAUGGAAACCCCACUUUUGCUGCUGUAGCUGCAGGUUAUGACAAGAGCCCAGGUGGCGGUGGUUUACCAAAGGUUUCUCCAAGCAAGACAGAGGUUUCCAGCAAUAUCAGCAUGUCCCACACAGCUGUUGACAGUGAUGGCUCUGACAGUUCGGGUUUGUGGAGUCCUAUCAGCAAUCCCAGCAGUCCGGACUUCACGCCUCUCAACUCAUUCUCUGCAUUUGGACAUUCUUUUAAUUUAACUGGAGAGGUUUUUAGCAAACUUGGUUUAGCUCGAUCAGCUUAUGGGCAGGAUGUUCAGAGAAACUGGACUGAAUUCAACAACGUUCCAUCAUCCAUCUGGGAUCCUUCAGCUACAGAUUCUGUACCCUCCUGGCCAACAAGCUCGAGUUCCCCAACUCAUACAACUGCAUCGAUCCUUGGUAACCCUGGCCUGUGGUCCACCACUCCGUUCAGCAGUUCCAUUUGGUCAAGUAAUCUCAACAGCGGCCUUCCCUUCACCACUCCAACCAACGCAUUGUCAGGCAUUGAUCUAAUGGGUUGUGAGAACUCUUCUGCUGCUCCUCCUCCACCCACCACUGCCACCGUUGCCAAUCCUGCUGAAGACAUAGGACAGACCUACAAUCCUUGGAGAAUUUGGAGCCCAACAAUUGGAAGAAGAAGUUCAGAUCCUUGGUCUAAUUCGCACUAUCCUCAUGAAAAUUGAAGUUAAACAAAAGGGAAGAACUCUUAUCCAGGUCAUGAUACAAUUCUGAAUGCAAAUUAAAUGCAAAUUUUUGAAAUAUCAUUUUCAGGCUGUUGCUGGUCAUUGCUUCCCCCCCACCAGUCAUGCUUUCCUCACUCGCUCCUUUUUGAAGUCUGUCCUGCGAUACAGUAGUUUGAGAUUGCAGAUAAGCUUGAAAAAGUCUGGGUGCGGUCACAGAGCCCAACUACAGCCGGAGCCUGUAAAUCUGAACAAUUCCACUGAUUUCAUCUUUUACCACCUGCCAUCUUUAUUUAGGAACCAAUUUGAACUCUAAAACGAUCCUGGCAUGCAAUACUUUUAUGAAAAAUACCGGUUUGGGUUUUUAAAUUUUUUCCAGUAUUAUCCUCUAAGUUCUAAUUUAAAAUCAAAAGGGCACUUUGUGCUGAAAUGCAGAGUAUUUUUUUAAAAUAAGGCUGUCUUUGUUAACACAGGUUCUAAGAAUGUAAAAAAGAAAACAUAAAAAUUCAACAAAAAAAACACAACAAAACCAACGCGAAACCUUAAGAGCAAAAUGGCUGAAUGUACAAGCAUUCUGUUGAGACUGUAAUACACUUUCUGUGCUGUUUGUACAUUUGUAAACCUGAAUGCAUUUUUAAGUUGAACUGAAAUGCACACAGCCAAGACUUGUGGAAGAAACAAGAUACCUUGUGUAUUUCUUAUGGAUACAACUUUGGGUUGUACUUUAAAAUAAAUACUGCUUUUUUCAAGA